CAGCGAGCGCGAGCGCAAAGGAGGAGAGAGAAAGAAAGACGGGGAGAGGCUGCGGCCAACUGACGAGAAACAAUACCAGCAUCGCAAAAAUAUCAUUUUAGGGAAAAAUAUAUAUAUAGGGUAUAUAGGACAAAGCCGACAACAUGGACGGAAAAGGGAAAUGCCCGUUUAACGUGGAAGCGGAGAGGAGAUUCUGGUCUUCCUGCACAUAGUCGAGGUGGAACCGACGGCGCCCUGUUAUUUUUCAUGCCGUGGCAGGAGCAAGCACACGCCAAGCUCGAAAGGCGGAAAACCUUUUUUAAUCCUUCUGCAGAUGCUGGGCCAGCUUGAGAUGGCUGUUGCGGGGCGAUGCAGAAGCACACACGAUAGCGUACUGUUUUGUUUUUAUCUUGUCGUCGUUUUUGUACUCAGUGGCCUUACCAAUGCACAGAUUCGCUACAGCAUUCCCGAGGAGCUGGAAUCCGGGGCUGUCGUCGGAGAUCUCAUCCGAGAUUUGGGGUUGGAUCUUGGGAAGCUCGCGGCUCGUCGGAUCCGAAUAAACUCGGACAACGCGCGGCGCUACUUCAACAUCAACCACAAAACCGGUAAGCUUUCCGUCAGUGACAGGAUCGACCGCGAGACUCUGUGUGAGUUCAGCGGCAGCUGCCUUCUUAGCCUCGAAGUGGUCUUAGAAAACCCAUCCGAGACGCACAACGUGGAGGUCGAAAUAUUGGAUGCGAAUGACAACGCGCCGCUUUUCCCCAGAGACGAGUAUCAGUUGGAGAUCUCGGAGGCGGCUCAGCCUGGCGCGAAGUUUCCCAUCGAAGGCGCACAGGACGCAGACGAUGCCUCAAAUUCCGUUCGCCAUUAUCGCCUCUCACCAAACGAGCACCUUGCGCUGGAAUCAAACAAACCACCUGCCAGUGGAAAGCACAUCGAGCUCAUUCUGAAGAAACCCUUCGACAGGGAGAUGGUGCCAUCUCAUCAGCUACUUCUUACUGCGACUGAUGGAGGCUCUCCCCCGCGCUCGGGGACGGCCAAAAUCAACGUGCGCGUUUUGGACACCAACGACAACGUGCCAAAGUUCGACAGCUCUGUGUACAAAGUAAAACUGCGGGAGAACUCGCCACUGGGCGCUCUGGUGAUUAAACUGAACGCCACCGACCGAGAUGAAGGCACAAAUGGAGAAGUUUUUUAUUCCUUUAGUUCAUACACACCUGAAAGGGUUCGGCAGAUGUUCAGCAUGGAUUCAGACACUGGAGAGAUUCGCGUCAGGAGUAACGUGGACUAUGAGGAGACCAACAGUUAUGAAAUGUACAUUCAGGCUAUGGAUAGGGGCCAUGGCGCCGUAGCAGUGCACUGCAAAGUAGUUGUGGAAGUGCUGGAUGUAAAUGAUAACCCACCAGAGAUUGUGCUCUCUACUCUUUCGAGUCCAGUGAGGGAGGAUGCUCGAGCAGACACUGGGGUGGCCCUGAUUAGCGUCAAUGACCGUGACUCUGGACAAAACAAACAUGUCACCCUCGACAUUAUUCCUCCUGACCUCCCGUUUAAAAUAAAAUCAUUUCGAAACCACUACACCAUAGUCACAGCUGCCUUCCUGGAUAGAGAGACAGUAUCAUCAUACAAUGUCACAAUAACAGCUGUUGAUGGUGGAACCCCACCACUGUCCUCUUCAAUGACUGUUCGUGUAGAUGUGGCAGACGUUAAUGACAACCCGCCCCGUUUUGAGCAGACAUCGUACACUGUGUAUGUCACUGAGAACAAUGCUUCAAGUGCACCUUUGUGUGUGGUAAAGGCCACAGAUCCUGAUGCGAAUGAGAAUGCGCGCAUCACAUACACUGUCCUUAAUGACAACAACCAUGGGAUCUCUGUGGGAUCAUAUGUGUCUGUUAAACCUGCCACAGGUGAGGUCUAUGCCCUGCGCUCUUUUGACUUUGAGAAGUUGCGUGAGUUUCAUUUCCAGGUCAAAGCUCAGGACAAUGGUGUUCCGCCACUAAGCCGAGUAGCAACAGUUUAUGUUUAUGUCAUGGACUCCAAUGACCACACACCAUGGUUCGUCCACCCAGCAGCAAAUGUUUCUCACAUGGCGGAAACUAUUCUCCGCAAUGCCGAGGCAGGUGUGCUGGUGACUCGUGUUUUGGCAUGGGAUGGUGAUGCAGGGCAGAAUGCUUGGCUACUCUACACACUCGAACACCCGCCUGAACUUGACCUGUUCAAGGUGCAUGAGCACACAGGGGAGAUCCGAACAACACGUCGUGUUGUUGAGGACAACUCUACAGUUUUCAGUCUUACAGUGCGUGUGAAAGAUCAUGGAGCGCCACCACGCUCUGCCUCUGCAACCAUUAAUGUGGCUAUCAUGGAGCUACCCCCAAAAGUGACUUCUGACCCUAAACGCAUUAUUAGACCCCAUGGAACUCUUAUUUUCUCCAGUGUUACACUAUACCUCAUUGUUGCUCUCACUGCCACCACCUUUGUGUUCUUGGUCACCGUUUUUGUCCUUGCCAUUGUGCGUUGCCAUGCUUACUGCAGCCAGCCUGAUGCAUGCUCCUGUUCACCCUGCUGUGGCGGAUCCAAGAAGAAGGCACCCAAAGAGGGUGGAGGAAAUGGUGGUGGGAGUGGUGGAGCAUCAGGUGGAGGUGGUGGAGGUGGAGGAGGAAACCAGCAGCAACAAGCUGUGGCUCUACGAAGGGACCUUAAAGUAGAGCCACACUAUAUUGAGGUUCGUGGAAAUGGAUCUCUGACCAAAACCUACUGCUAUAAGACUUGCCUAACGGCCACUUCAGGAAGUGACACUUUUAUGUUUUAUAACAUGGGACGACCUGUGAGUGGAACCUGGGGCUCAGGGGCCGAGCGUUUCUUCACCAGUCAGAGUGGGCAGUUUGUCCGCAGACUUAGUAUGCCCGAUGCCACCGCCAUACAGCCCAAGCCUCCCGGAGCAGACUGGAGAUAUUCAGCUUCUCUCAGAGCAGGAAUGCAAAGCUCGGUCCAUAUGGAGGAGUCAUCUGUGAUGCAGGGGGCUCAGGGUGUUCUGGUUCAGAAUUGGCCUACUGUCUCCAGUGCCCCUGAUAAUGAGGGUGGAGAGGUGUCUCCUCCUGUAGGUGCUGGUGUGGACAGUAACAGUUGGCAUUUUCGGUAUGGUCCAGGCCCUGGUAUGCCUCCUCAGCAUCUGAAGCCAGGCGAAGUUCCACCUGAAGCCUUCAUCAUCCCUGGCUCACCUGCCAUCAUCUCUAUCAGACAGGGACAGGACGGUGACGAUAAGGGUGACUUCAUCACUUUUGGCAAGAAAGAGGAGGCCAAGAAGAAGAAAAAGAAGAAGAAGGAAAAGGAGAAGAAAGAUAAGAAGGAAAAGGGGAAAGAUGAUGAUGACUAGAAACAGAAAUGCUAAGAUCAUAUGCAUAUAUAAGACAAAGAUAUCAACAGGGAUCAUAAUAAAAAAUUAUUAAUAAGGUUAUGGCCAGGGAACAUUUUCCUUAAUUUGAACUAAAACAAUUACUUUAUGUUGAGUCAUGUUGUCUGAUUCAACAUGAAGUAUGUAAUUAGGAUUUUUCAUAUUUCUCAGUGCUACAAAAUUGGUCUUGCAUAACUAAUUUAUGAUUACAUAAGUACAUUUGAUUGAUGAUUAGAUUAUCACUGAUGAGGACCUGACCGCUCAAUUUUCUCAAAAGAUAACUAUAAGAAAUAGGUAGAUUGCUGUUGACACUUCUGUCUUAUUUAUCAUUGUAGAACCAGUUUUCUGAUCUCAGAAUCUAAGACAAAAUCAGACGUAAGGUUUACCAAGAGACUCAUCAAAAAUAUAUAAAAAAAAAGAUGUGAACAAGUUUUCAUGAGAUACAGAUAAGCUUUGAGAUUCGAAGUGAAGUGUGUACUGGUGUACACAUGGUGCCAAUAGAGAAGUUGGGUGCCAUGUUGUAAAAUAAAACUGGUUUACUUUAAAGAGACAAUGUUAAACUAAUGCUUCUGCUUGCUCUGCUCUAUGUUUGUGUCUACACUAUGGAGAAGGAUUUCAAAUCAAUAGAGAACAUGAGGACAUGCUCACCUGACACCCAGCAGCACUAUAAAAACACGAACAAUAAAACAGUUAUGAAUGAUAAAAAGCAAGCACAUUAUGUUUACCAGCACUCUGUCCCGGUCAUUAUUAACGUAUUAUCUGAAAAAGUAAAAUGUAACACUCACACACACAUGCUUGUACAGAGUCAAAGGUUACACUAUUGAUAGCUUCCCUUUCAUUGUGCCUAUUUUUUUUUAAGAUGCAGUUUUGCCUCCAAAAAUGUUAUGUGGUUGAUGUAUGGGAUUACAUACAGGGCAAAAACAGAGAAACUAAUGUCUGGCAAGAGCUGAAAACUAAAAAAGCAACAAAGCCUGGGUGCAUGUAGUUGUGACUCACCUACAUUAACAUCAAAGGAUGAUUACUGAAUAAAUGAAAACUUGGGUAGUGUUGCUUAUAGGGGUAGCUUAUAUAGUUGUACAAUACAUGUAAAAUAAAAACAGUGUUAGUGCUAAUGUACAAAAAAACAACAACAAUCCCCUAAAAACUUUCAGUGAUUUGAAGUGUAUGCUUUGAAUGUUUGGUAUCGCUGCCCUUACAUUUGUUUUCUAUUAAACCUUAGACUCUGACCUUUAACCCUAUUUUUGUGCCUGCUUUCUCAUCCAAUAUGGGGAUUUGAUGUAUGGAUUUUUUCCUGUACAAAAUAUCCUUGCCUUUCUACACAGAAGGCUGAGACAUAUUCAUCUGAUGACUUAGACAAAUUAGGCCGAUUCUUGAGUGUUGUUUCAGCAAAAAAAAAAAAAAAAAGUGUUUUUUAAGCUCUUUUUAUAAGCUUCAAUUGAUCAAUAUUGCAUUUGUACAGCACAUCUUUUGCUCUCUCUGACUCUCGAAUCUUUUACCCUGGCUUUAUGCUCUUUAUGUUUUGAAUGUUAAAUGGGCCAGCUCUAGUCAUUGUACUUCACUCAAUACACUGAACUUCACUGAUCUCUGUGUGUAAGUGUGUCACCAGUGAACAGUAUAAUGGCUACUGGUCCUUGUAUUUCACAUUUUGUAUUUGUCUAAGGUAGAAUAGGGAAAACAGAAGGCCAAGUCAAGGCAUAGUCAGAGGGUGGAGUUUAACCAGAGCAUGAUAUGAUGUGAAUUGGCCAAAGUACUGAAUUGCCAGUUUUACCUAUUUGAAAUUCAUUUUUUCCUGUUGCUUUUGCAUUGGAAAUUGGACUGAGAAGGUUACUGAAUAAUUGCAGUACAAAGUCUAGGAAUAGACAGACUCCACCCCAGACUCCAAUCUUUGCACUGAAAGCUUCACGCUUCUACUCCGCUGGAUCCCUCCCCCUGUCUGUUUACACUGUACAACCUCAUGACUUAAAACAAUGCCACAAUGGCUCAGCUGUGACUGCUGCAUGACCUAACCAGAAGGAAACUCUUACUAUAUAGAUAUAUAUGAAUAUAGAUAUAGAUUGCUAUAAUUUUGCUAUUUUUGUUUAUGAUUUGUAUCCAUUACAUGCACAAGAGAUUUGCAUACGCACUGUCUCCGCCAAGCCUUUGUAUAAUUAUAUUUUCCUCACCCCCUAAGAGUGUACAUGUACCAUGUUACUAAGCCUUCUACUUAUUUGUAACUGCUUUAUAGUGUGAUGCCCUUGACGCUCUUGCUCAAUCUUUAUUGUUCUUUUGGUUUGGUUUUGAGAAACUAAAGCAAAAAAAAAAAAAAAAAAAAGGUUUGUGUAUGGCUUUGACAUACUGAUCUAACACUUUAUUAUUGUAACUAAAUUACUAUGUAUGACAACAAUAUCUCUUUUGCUUCACCUUUUCCUUUUAAGGAUAAAAAGCUCAAUGAAAAUGUAAAAAAAAAAAAAAAAAAAAAAGAUUUAAAA